CCGUCGAAAACAAGGCCAUUGUCUGCCAUUGUCCUCUGCCUGUUGUGCACAAGUCACUACGCCCUUGACUCGCCAAAACAGAAAGAAAAAUAAUAAAAAAAAACUCGCAAAUCUUUCCCCAUCAUGCCUUACCACUCGGUUCAGGACGAUGACGUCCCGGUGGCCACGGGAUAUCCGGAUGAAGAGAGCUCCAAGUCGCUCCCAUGCCGCAAGGAAGUCGAAGUUUACCCAUGGAUAAAACGAUACGUCACCUGCCCAGUGGUCUCAUCGCUCGCCACCAGGACCAAGAGGGACGCCGACGAGAUCGCCUCGGCGCGGUCCAGCGACCGGGCUUCCUCCCCGACGGACACUGCCAACAGGAAACGAAAGGCUGAAGAGGUCGACGACGACGCCGCAGAGUCAAAGAGGGUCCAGACGGAAGAGGCUCUGUCUUCUUCAACCUCACGAACGUCGAGCCGGUCAUCGUCCGCCGAGAUCUCUACCCCGAUUCACCAGCAUGCAACCAUCUCCGACAACUCCAUCUUCAAGGUCAUCACGUUAUCGCCCGCACCCAUCAGGAAAGGAGCCCGUGAUGCCGCAGAGAGGGACGUCGCCGCUCAGUCCCUGUUCUUGCUCUCAAAUGGCGCGCUGCCCUCCCCUACGACAAAACCCGAGUCUCUUGGUGAAGCGAGCUUAAAGGGUUUCCCAUUCCCAACAGACGUUCAACCACCAUAUCGCCAACAGCGCAAAUGUACUCUACCAUCAAUCCAUGAGCUCUUUGCCAAGAUUCCAGACGAUGGCUACAGCAGCAGCGACUUUAGGCCCCGCGACUGGCCAGCCUGGGACAGACGCAACAGCUCCGCCUCCCUUGCUUCAUCCACGCCCCCGUCGCUGUGCGCAGACUCACCGCUCUCCCAGUCCUUCUCCACCACCUUUGCCACCACUCCUCCGACGCAGUUUUCCGCACCGCCAAGGCCGGUCAGGAGCUUCUCCGAGAGGUCGAGCCUCUCCUCGCCGGGCCUGCCGCCACUCGUCAUCAACACGACCAGGUUCGCCCUCGCCAUGACCCCCGAGGUCUACCAGGCCGCCAGCGCCCGCUCGUCGCGUCGCUGCUCGCCCGGGCUCGUCACCAAGCAGCCCACGAUACGCAAGCGCGCCAAGCGCGGAAAGAAGGAACGCACGGGCGAGUACUCGGCCGACGAGGCCUCGCCGACGACGGCAACACCGACCUUGUCAUCGGCGGGCCCGGUGUCGGAGCUCGGCGGCGGCGGCCACCCGAACCAAAAGUACCCCAUGGCGCACGAGCACUUUGUGAUUUAUGCGCGCAAGAAGCACGACAAGCGCACGACGUGGAAGGACGUCACCACGGCCUUCAACAAGGCCAUCGGCCCCACCGGCCCGCAGAACCCGGGCCUGGACAUGUACGUCACGCAGCCCGAGAGGUCGCUCAACCUGCCGGCGCAGCGCGAGCAGGCCGGCGUCACCAGCAUGUACUACCGCACCAACAAGGUCAUACCCGUCAUGGACGGCCGCGGCGGUCUCGUUUACGGCGACGACGGCGAGCCCUUGUUGGAAUGGAUCCACGAGCGCGACACGAGCCGCUCGCCCCCCGGCCUGAUCGAGAGGUAUCCCGAGAUCGUCCUCGAUAGGGAUUACUGGUUCGUGAGCGACGAGGAUAAGAGGUGGGCGGCGCAUCUGAAGGCUAUUCGUGACCAGCAGCGAAGAGAACGCGGGCUCCCCACAUGGGACGAACAGCACGCGCAGGCGGCGGGCGAGCAGCCGCGCGACUAUGUUCCUCGCUUAUGAGAUUAAAACCUUCUUCAAUUCUUUUCACAAUUUUUCUUCUCUCCUCAAUGUCCCACAUCACACCGG